AUCAGUUUACAUUCCUGCAAGGAAUCAAUAGUUAAGAAUGAAACACACCCUGUAUAACUGCUGGAGCAACAACAUUUAUUAGAGGAAGUCUGACGAAGCUCCACCCCUCACCUGACUCACCUGAGACAAACCAGGAAACAGUUUGUUCUUCUUCACUAAAGAGACACAGACUGAAAAACAGACGAUCAGAUUCACCUUCAGACCAAACCAACAACUUCCUCUGAGUGAGUCCAGCUGCAGGAGAGAGACGUGGGAAACUACAACACUGCCGCUUCAACCUGCUGAAACUCCACACUGAAGCUUCACUCACAGACUAAAUGGCUUCCAGGUCAGAGGAGGAUUUCUACUGUCCUGUCUGUCAUGACGUCUUUAGAGAUCCUGUUGUUCUGUCAUGUAGCCACAGCUUCUGUAAAGACUGUCUGAAGAGCUGGUGGAGAGAGAAACCAACACGUGAGUGUCCAGUUUGUAAGAGAAGAUCUUCAAAGGAUCAACCACCUUCAAACCUGGCUCUAAAGAACCUGUGUGAGGCCUUCAAACAGGAGAGAGAUCAGAGAUCUUCAGAGUCUCUCUGCAGUCUGCACUCUGAGAGACUCAAACUCUUCUGUCUGGACCAUCAGCAGCCAGUUUGUGUCGUCUGCAGAGAUUCAGAAAAACACACCAACCACAGAUUCAGACCCAUCGAUGAAGCUGCUCCACAACACAAGAAGGAACUUCAGGAAACUCUGGAGCCCUUAAAGAGGAAGUUAAAGGGUUGUGAACAAGUUAAAGAGGAGUUUGAUCAAACAGCAGAAUACAUUAAGAUCCAGGCCCAACACACAGAGAGGCAGAUUAAGGAGCAGUUUAAGAAGCUUCACCAGUUUCUAGAGGAGGAAGAGGAGGCCAGGAUCACUGCUCUGAGGGAGGAAGAGGAGCAGAAGAGUCAGAUGAUGAAGGAGAAGAUGGAGGCUCUGAGCAGAGAGAUAGCAGCUCUGUCACACACAGUCAGAGUCACAGAGGAAGAGCUGAGAGCUGAAGACGUCUCAUUCCUGCACAACUACAAGGUUACAGUGGAAAGAGUCCAGCAGCGCCUCCUGCUGGAUGAUCCACAGCUGGACUCAGGAGCUCUGAUAGACCAGGCCAAACAUCUGGGCAACCUGACCUUCAACAUCUGGAACAAGAUGAAGGAUGUGGUCUCCUACAAUCCUGUGAUUCUGGACCCAAACACUGCUCAUCCAGAACUCAUCCUGUCUGAGGAUCUGACCAGUGUGAGAUUUGGAGAGAAACAGCAGCUUCCUGCCAAUCCAGAGAGGAAUGAUAAAUACCACAUUGUCCAGGGAUCUGAGGGUUUUAACUCAGGGACUCACAGCUGGGAUGUUGAAGUUGGAGACAAUACAUACUGGUCACUGGGUGUUUUAGCAGAGUCUUUCCAGAGGAAGAGAAUCAUGUUUGCUGGAUUCUGGAGAAUAGGUUGCUUUGCAGGUAAAUACUCAGCACGAUCACCACCAGCUUCAUCCACUGAUCUGUCAGUCCAGAAGAAGCUCCAGAGGAUCAGAGUGAAUCUGGACUGGAACAGAGGAAGAUUGUCGUUCUCUGAUCCUGAUACUAACACACACAUACACACCUUCACACACACUUUCACUGAGAAGCUGUUUCCAUACAUUAGCACUGUUGAUAAACUGAAGAUCUCACCACUGAAGGUCUCUGUGACAGUGGAACAGAGCAGUUACAGAUAAAGAGGAUGAUCAUAUUUAUAAUGUUGUUUAUGUCUUAAAGGGAAAAGUCAGUGAAUUUAAGGUGUGAAGCUGCACCUGUCCUCCUGCUGCCUCAUUACUGCAAAGCUCUGUUUAUGUUCCUUUUAGCUCUCACUGUUUCUUAUUUUCUGUUUAUUGUUGUUUAGUGUAACAAGUUGCUUUUUAUAUCUAUUCACAACUUUUUAAUCUGUAAAUUUAUUUUAAACUGAGUUUGCUCUUUUAUGUUUGGUUCAUUUGUCCUUUUCUCUUCUUGUUGCUGUGUAAUUUAAACUUGUUGUUAAUUUUGGCGACACUUUACAUCAUGAAUCACAAUGUCAUAUUUUCCACUUCACAAAACCUGAUCUUUAUUUGCAUUGCUAUAUUCUCACUCCAUUAGAAUUGAACUGGAUUAAUUAAUUAUCUUUUUGUAUUAACAUGGUCCAAUCAGAGGGGAUCACAUGACACAGACUAAUACAACAUGUAAAUAACAACAAACCACGGGUUGUAGCUUUAGAGCAGUUGUUUCUAAACUGAAGACAAAAUGAAAUCAUGUUUUACACUGAAAAACAAUUUAAAAGUUACUGGAUUAAACCAAGUUUUAGUUUAUUCCAGAUCUCAAUCAUCCAUUUUGUCUUUAAAUGAUGAAAAACUAAAUCUUUAAUCAAACCAGAAUUGAUUGGUUUCCAGUAUGAAAUGACUCCCAGCAGCUGGGUGACCAGUGGGAAUAAUAAAGGGCUCCUGGGCCUGUUCAGUAAUCCACCCAAACUGAACCAUGUUACUGAUUUUAAUUGAACUGACUUAAAUGAUGAACUGCAGAAUUUAGAGUGAAAAUAGUGCAACCAUUACCUGUGUGUUAUAAGAUUUACAAAUGUCAAUAAAGUUUUGUCAAGUGAAAGAAAUGUUCACUUCAUUUGUUCAUUUGUCUCAACAAACCACAGACUGUAUCUGUCUCUCUCUUUAUGUACAAUUUGAUUAAAGGAGCAGCAAAGUCUCACAAACCUUAAACUCUGUGAGAAAAGCAACAUUUUGUCACUUAAUAAAUUUGGUUAAAAGAAAAAAAAAGAUUAAAUAAAAACCAGAAGAAUCUUUUUCGUCAGCAUGAAAAUCUUGUAGCUGUUCACCUUUGAGGUCAG